AUGGCCCCCGUACUCCCCGAGCCUAAGGUUGCCACGGUUUCGCAAAUUGUGGCUGAUGCAGCUAAGGUUAUCGACAUUAAAGACCCCGUUUGGGAUACUACUCAACUGUACAUGGCAUAUGGGCAGCUCAUCAGUGCCGUCCAUCAGAUGGGGCCCUGGAUUGCUUUGGGAGGCCCUGGCCUCCUACCUUUCCAAGAUGCGGUUAAUCUAUUCUUUCGCAUUCGCACACUUUUUCAUAAGGUUAUUAAUUCCGGAGUGUCCAAUGCACCUAUUACUCCGCCUGAAUGCGGCACUGUUCGACAUAUUUGUCGCGAUAUUCAACAUGCAAGGCAGAGUCCCCAGACUGGGCCCGUUGCCGGCUUAAUUACCGCAUCCGAUUCUGCAGACACAAACAAGCCGAACAAACCUAAGCGGGGCCGCGCCAGCAAACAGCCCAAGUCAAAGCCAUACAUUGAUUCCGAGGCGAGUGGAUUAUUGGCCAUGUCCAUUGAUGACACCGGCCCUCCCCUUCUUGUCGUAUCCGAUAACGGCAACCCCAGUUCUUCUACGUCGCCUGCAGGUCCUCCGGCGGUGCCUGGGCCUGCUGAGCCGCCCACUCCUCAUGUCAGCUCGCCCGACCAACCUCUGCCAUUCGCACUGACACCUUCAACGUCAAUGCAAGACGCCUUCCCGACAUCUGUUUCAGCGCAAACUGCACCACCCAACCCUUCGGACACUAACAAGCCUCGCGAAGUGGCCCUGCUUAGUUACGAGGAAGUCGGCGUUUCCCCUAAUGACAAUCAGUAUCGCAAGGCACAACAUUUUCUCAAAAGGCCGCGUGUCGAAUUGCCGCCCGACCCUCAUCCUGAGAAACCCUUCUCAGUUUCUGUUGCCGAAAGCAACCUGCGCAAGCUUCGUGCAGAGGAGGCCAGCUUGCAAUUCGAGAUCGCGCACGCCCGUCAGGUACUCGAUGUAUGCCAGCGCGAGAUUGCCCGUCAAUCUCAGCAACUUGCUCGGCCUCAGCUUCCAGCCCCGCAUCACUAA